UGCAUUUGUGGGACAAUUCUGAGAGGGAGCGCCACAUACCGUAUGAAAAGGAGGCCAGUACAUGCAUCAGAAGCGCUCCGCUCCAUUUCAAUUUGGAUUCAGGACGAGGGAACUGCAGCUCCACAAGCUAGCUGUGGUUAAAAGGAGAAGGAUGCUGAUGUCACGAGCUCAGAAUCCUUCAGCACAUUCCAUUACUUGCUUACACAAGAAGUCCUUGUUGAUGGAUGUGCAAGUUGAGCGGAAAUCCUCCAGCAAACAUAAUGAGAAUCGCACAAGCAGUCAAGGACAUAAGCUAACCCAAUGCCAUGCGCGUUGAGAGAAAUUGAGCGAGCGUGUCAUUCUGUGCUGGGCACAUUGUUGCAUUCCUUUUUGGAGGUAGAAUUGUUGAACAAAGAAGCUUAAGAGAGCCCUCCAAGCGCAGUCUGAUGGCCGAUUCGGCACUGCUGGGGUCAAGAUCUGUAUCCAUAUUGGCGAGGUUUAAUGACUACGAUGAGGUGGAGCAGUGGGUGGUAGUUUUGCUAUAUGUACAGGCUGGGUGCGCAAUGGUGGGGUCCUUGGGUUUCGAAUACUUGGGAAUCCACAGCACCAACCUAGUUCUGGCCCUGUUCGCACUUGUGGCGAUCGAGAGCAGCAGCCAGCGGCUAGGACGAUCGUAUGUGGGAUUCCUGGGACUGAUGCUUCUUCUGGACGUGGUAUGGCUGGCCAUUCUCGGGCCGGAACUCUGGAACGCGGAUAUGGGCGAGCUUGGGUGGCGCAAGGGCUGGUCGUUACGGGUCACGCUCGCGAUGGAGGCCCUGGGGUUCCUUGUCCGGCUGGGCUCGGUGGUGCUGUGGGUCAAGAUGUACCGGUUAGGGGUGUCGGAAGCAGACAACGGGUACCAUCCCGUCGACUUCGACAGCCGGAUAGAAGGAGGCGUUCCGAUCGACGACGGCGCGCUUGCAUUACUUGGGAACAACGGCGAGAGCGGGGGCUCCAUCUACAACCCGUCCACGUUCUCGGCUGUGUAUCCGAGCCAAUACCAAAGUUACUUCGUUCCACCUGAGAUGCAAUCGAGAGAAGCCCAGUCGGAAGCUUCCCUAUCAUGAUAGUCUGAUAAUGAUCGCCUUUGCCAGCCAAACCCAGUCUAGGAAAUGUAAUAACACAGUUCGUACUUCGUUAAACAGGUUAUAAGGUCGUCUGUGUCUGUGAAGGUCACGUACAGGGAGGGUGCUUUGCCACAAAGGAAAGUAGUGUACUGAGAAAGUCAGAUGCUGACUGCAAGAAAAUAGGAGGCACCCAUCACUAAGUAGCAUUAGCCUUGAAAGAGGCAACGAAAAGCGAUUGGAAGGUCAAGAGCCUACAGAGAGUCGUAAGUACUUAGGCUUCAUGAAGCCUGUUGCCACAUGCAUAUCAACUGGCAUGCACAUGCUACUGCCUACGGUAAUGAAACGCGAUCCGGAUUACGUACGCACGA